AUGGACGAGACCCAUCCCCGCCCCGUCCCGCUCACCGAGGCCCUCGUCCUCGCCUCCCUCGAAGUGGUCCGCACCGCCCGCCGCGCCGCCACCACCGAGGGCCACCGCGCGACCGCGCUCCACGCCGCCGCCCUCUCCGCUUUUAACCCCACCACCAUCGCAUCGGGCGCGGCCGGCGCCGUCGACGCAGCGGUGGAGAGCUUCAAGGCCCGCUGUGCCGCCACGCUCGCCGAAUGCGGCGCCCUCAACAAGGAGAACAUUGCGCUCCGCGCCGUCGUCGACAUCCUCCUCGCUGGCGAUGUUAGUGACGAGGCCAAGACGGCAUUUGAGGCUUACCUCGCCCCGGGCGGGCGCAUGUAG